CUUCUCCAACCAUUUCCCUUCUCCUUUUCUUCCCUCUUCCUUCUUGUGUCUUGCUUCUCUCGACUUUUAUCUUAGCAUCUUCAUUUCAACUGCUUAUAGGAACACCUUAAAUGGCCGAAGAUAAUCAUAACGAACCUCCGCCGCCCAAUAUACCGACGCCUACUUUCCCACAAUCAAAAACAAUAAACACAGCUUUCGCACGCUCACCCACUACCGAUAGUGAGAUCGAGCCUGCUGACGAGGAAGAAGGAGAUCAUAGACCCUUCAACCCACGUACUUCCACUACUGACGAGCAUCAAACGCUCUUCUAUCAAGACGCAAGUCACUUUAAUGUUGAGCAUCAUGUCGGUCGAGUUUGCCGCAGUUUUGCGCCACUCGCACUCCUCGCCAUCAUCGCGCUUGCAUUCAUUCCUGUUGCAUCUGCUACCGACCUAGAUCCCUACACUUCAUGUCCAGCACUUCCUCAGAAGAAUACUCCUAUUCUCUCUACCACCGGUUACGUUUUCAACCAUGUUGUAAGGUUUAUCGGCCUUGACGACAGUUUCGUCGGCCAGCACCUCGCAAAUGUCAAGAGGAAUCUCGACAACACGAGUAUAAUUGAAGCUUGUAUGGUACCUGUGCUCGUAUUGUUGAGUGGCAUGUUUGCGGGUUUGACUCUUGGUUACUUUUCUGUGGAUCAGACUCAGCUGCAAGUGCUUGCUAUUUCAGGAACACCUAAGCACCAAGAGUAUGCUAGGCUUAUCAUGCCAGUCCGAAAAAAUUCACACUUGCUUCUUACCACUCUAAUUCUCGGUAACAUGAUUGUUAACGAGGCACUGCCUGUUGUCAUGGACGGUCUUUUGAGCGGUGUUGUAUCCGUCGUCGUCAGUACCGCAAUGGUUGUCAUUUUUGCCGAGAUCAUCCCUCAAUCAAUUUGUUCCCGGUAUGGUCUCCUCAUUGGUGCUCGUAUGGCCUGGCCAGUCCGUAUCAUGAUUUGGAUCGCUUAUCCCAUUGCAUGGCCAAUCGCCAAACUUCUGGAAUGGGUUCUUGGUGCGCAUCACGGAAUCAUCUACCGCCGAGGCGAACUUCGCGAACUCAUCAAGAUGCAUGCCGCGGGCGGUGAAGGUGGUGGCGACUUGGAUUUUGAUACUGUACAGAUCACUCAAGGCGCUUUGGACCUUGCUCGAAAGACGGUUAAGGAUUCCAUGACAGCCAUUGAGCAAGUGUUUAUGCUUCCUAUCGAGGCAAAGCUCGACUAUGAGACAUUGGGGCAUGUUGUGAGGUCUGGCCACUCGCGUAUUCCGGUCUACCAGAUGGUCGAAGUUCCUGAUAUUGAUCUUUCGGCUCCUACUCUUGGUCCCACUAAGACAAAGAUGGUUAAGAAAGUUUUGGGCAGUUUGCUUGUCAAGAGCUGUGUUCUGCUGGAUCCUGAAGACGCUACUCCUCUUGCUUCUAUCCCCAUCAACGCCAUCCCUUCUAUCCCAUUCGAUGAGCCCUUGACCAACAUGCUCAACGUCUUCCAAGAAGGUCGCUCACAUAUGGCCAUUGUCUCUCGUCGUGUACGCCGUGUGGGGCCUGUCGAUCCCGAAGAUGCCCAGUCUGCCAUGACCGCUGCUGCCGGUGGCCUUCGUCAACGAUUCUUCCGAAGGGUUGCUGGAAUCUCUGGUAAUCGAUCAUUCUCUGAUGGCGACUCUUCUGCUUCUGGAGAAGAAGACCUCGAAAAGGGCGAAGGAGGGAAGAAAAAGAAGCGAAGGCGCAAGAACGCUGAGAAACAUGAUCGGGCUGGUAGUUGUAGUUCUGACAAUCACACUAUCGUUAGACCCAUUUCUAGUGACGAUGACGGGUUUACGGAAGCCGAUGAAAUUAAGCGUAUGGCAAAGGAACAGCAAGAAGCAGAAAUGAAGCAGCAGCGCGGGAAAGACAGCAAAAAGGGAUCCCUCGUUCAGGCCGCGAAGUUGACUCAGCUCGAGCAAAGUGUCCCUGCCGAUGCUCAAUUGUCUAACGACGCUGUGGAAAACUUCUUCGAUGGUUUGGAAGGCGCACCAUUGGGUAUCAUCACGCUUGAGGAUGUCCUGGAAGAGCUUAUUGGAGAAGAAAUUUAUGACGAGUACGACGAACAUGGAGUGCCUCGUUCAGCAGCAUCCGCUUUCGUCCCUCUUGAAGCUAUGCUUGCUGCUCGAAAAGCUGCUCUCGCCCGUCAAGAACUCGCUAUUGCCCAAUCUACCCCAAUUCCUCCAGUCAGCGAUGCCGAUGUUGAGCAAGUUGUUGCCGCACCUACUCCUGGUGCCGGUCGACGGGUCAAGGCGAAGAUUCAGAUCCCCAAGUUUUCGUUGAAGAAACCCGUUUCUCAACCCGGCAGGCCUAGAACUGAGCGUUUGGCUGCUAAUGAAACGCCUGCCGCUACUCCCCCAGCUGAUCCACCUUGUUAUACCAAUAAACCCGACGAGAAGUCCACAUACAGCGCUCAAAUUAUCACAAUCCCUGGUGAAUUGGAUGAACCGCCUUUAGCUUGUGCACAGUCAGAUAGCAGGCUUGUUAACCGCCGUCUCUCUACUCCACUUGAUUCUGGUGCUACCGCCACUCCUUCACCUCAGCCCCAGUAUAGCUUAUCAGUCCCAGGCCCUGCAUCUGCUGUACCCACUCGUCUCCUUCCUGCUGGAGGGACUGUUUCAACCCCAGCUGUCAUACCUACAUCACAUCAACCGAGCUUGUUGAACGAAGCAAUCUUCAUUGGGCGUGAGCGAAAGCGUAUGGCCGCUUCCCACCCUGGUCAGGUACGAAGCCAAAGUUCUGGUCCUACCGUAUCUUCUAAGCAACCUACCCCUCCGAUUUCAGUUUAUGAUUUUGGUAUUCAAGCGGCGGGAGUGAAUGGAGAGAGAGUUGAAGGACAAGAGAUUGUAUCUCCCCGGCCGAUAGCAGCGCAACAGAAGAAGAUCCCCAAGUUCAAGAGUGUACCCACGCCUGUUGCUACUCCCUCUUUUGGCUUCGAUCCAUCAGCCGAAAGCAAGAGUAGCAGUCGGGAGGAAAAGGAGUAAGAGUAGUGGUAAGAGUUUGAUGUAACGAGGUAAUGUGCGUUAUGUCUGAAUGAACGAAGGCAGCGAAAGGCGAAGGGGGAGUGAGUGUAAAAUGCAGGAUGGGGAUCUUGGAUUAGAUAUGUAUAUGGGAUAUUUUGUCUAUAGUUAUAACUCAAAACGAUGC